AGCGAUCAAGAGGAUCACAGCAGUGAUAGCAGGAAUAUACGACACGAGGGAGAUCCAUGUUUUAAUGAAGAGUCACUCACGGGAAAUUUGCGUAACAUGUACAUUCCAGUUGUGAUGCUAAUGACACUGAAAAGGCCUUGGGGAAUAUUCAGCAGAGUAGUUUGCAUCACGUUGAACCCAAAGUCCUUGAUGAUUAACGAAUAUUGGACACCCAUCCCACCAACAAAAUUGGCGAGGCAAGCGAAGAGCAUGAACAUCCAUGCUUUUGGAUCCUUAAGGGCCUCGAUGAACCUAUAG